CAAAAAGAAGGCGCCGAAUAAACCUGUGGAUGAGCUUGAUGCGUUUUAUGCCUCUUUGGGCGACGUACUCAAACCAGACCCAUCAUCUAGGGCUGAGUCGUCCGUCUUUUCUGUACCUACAUCAACAACAGCAACUGCAAUCGCUGUCGAUAAUGGAGCGGCGCCAAGUGCAACUGGAGCCCCGAUGCCGACCCCGAUGCCUGUUAUGACCCAAGAGUUGCCUACCAUACCUACCACUGCCAGGGUAGAUGAGAUCCAGCUUGCUGGCAUUGCUGCGGCUCAAGCGGCCGAGCAGCUUGCAAAGGCAGAAGAAAAGAAACGUAAAGCUGGAGGCUCUAAUAUUGGUAUUGGCGGAGGAGGGAAGAAGGUCUCGAUUCAACUUCAAAAAUGGUCAUCUAAACGAGUGGAACUGCAAACAAGCGGAGUGUCUCAUCAACAACCACAAGAAUCUACGGCUGCUCCAGAAGCUCAAGCCCAGCCCUCGAAGCCAGGAGCAACAGGAAUAACGGCUCCCUUGGGUGCAGAGGACUCCGUUAAUGCCAUUCCCCUAUUUGAGCCGGACGAGCUUAUGGACUUUGAUUUAAUUGCGUGUCUGCUUUGUCAGCGACGGCUUAAAACCGUGCAGGAUUUGCGGAAGCAUCAGUCACUCUCUGAGCUUCACAAGAAAAAUCUGUCGGACCCGCAACUUAUUCGAGCAGCUCUUAAUAAGUCACGAGGCGGUACGAGUGCAGGAUCGGGAUCUCUGAAUUCUGCAAGAGAAACAUCUGGGGUAGCCGCAAGCGAUGGUUCUUUAUCAUCUUCUACUGGCAUCCACUCGCAACAUAAGAAUGAGGAAGAGCCCAAAUAUAGAGAUCGAGCCGCAGAAAGGAGACAGAUUUUUGGACAACCAGAUUACCCAUUGCCACCUACACCAUCAGGGAGAGAGUAUGGUGGUCGAGGAGGAGGUAUCCGAUAUAGUGGCAGUGGCAAUGGCAGCUUUGGCCAUGAAGUAGUCAUUCCGGAACAGCCCACAAAGGACGGAAUUAAGGAAGAUAACAUUGGAAAUCGUUUGUUGAAAUCAAUGGGCUGGAAGGAAGGCCAGGGUCUAGGUAAAGAUGGGGAGGGGAUCAAGGCCCCAAUCGAAGCAACUGGAUAUGCUAAGGGCGUGGGUAUUGGAGCGGGAUUGCUCCGUAAGGCGACGGAUGGAACAGGUUCAAGCAGCGGUGUCAUCCGAGGACCCUUAAAUAACUAUGCGGAGACCGCCAAGGAGCUCGCAAGACGGCGCUACGAACAGGCUUGAUAAAACAUUAAAGAAGGAAAAGGAGUAGAAAAAGGAAGCAAGGACAAUAGUUGAAUGAGUACUAUUUUUAUAUUUGAAUAAUGAAAUAAAUAAAUAAAUAAAUAAAAGCAAUCCGAC